CUGGGCAGGAAGGGUAUAAAGCCAGUAGGAUUCCAGUUUCACUACAACAGGAGACAGCAGGUAGGAGAAGACGCCACAGACGCAACAGACCAUAUACUACUGUAGUGUACCUUUACAAGGAGUCAUGGUGAAGUGUGUAGCCGUAAUUCUGUCAGGGUGUGGAGUCUAUGAUGGGACUGAGGUCCACGAGGCGUCAGCUGUACUGGUCCACCUCAGCAGGGCUGGAGCUAAGGUCCAGAUGUUUGCCCCCAACGUGGACCAAAUGCAUGUAGUGAAUCACUGUGAGGGGAAACCCACAGCUGAGAAACGCAACGUCCUGGAGGAGAGUGCUCGAAUCGCCCGCGGCGAUGUGUCUGACCUUGCCAAGCUAGAGAUCACCGCCUUCGACGCCCUCGUUAUCCCAGGUGAGCAUUACUCCUUCAUCUAGCACCAGCACAUUGAU